AUGGACGCGUCCUCCUCUCUCACGGCCCAGCAGGCAGCCGCGGCGUCGGCGGCCGCGGACACGACGCCGCCGCCGCGGCCUCUUUCUUUCCCCCAUCCGCUGCAGCUGUUCGCCCACGACGGGAAGCUGCGCCACCACGCCUACAGCCGCAAGCAGAAGUCGCUCGGCCUGCUCUGCUCCAACUUCGUGGCCCUGUACGACCGGGACGGCGUGGACUCCAUCGGGCUGGACGACGCGGCCCGGCGCCUCGGCGUGGAGCGGCGCCGGAUCUACGACAUCGUCAACGUGCUCGAGAGCAUCGGGAUUCUUGUCAGGGAGGCCAAGAACCGCUACUCCUGGAUAGGCUUCGGCGGGGUCCCCAUGGCGCUGCGGGAGCUCAAGGAGAGGGCACUAAGCGAGAAGUCUGGCUUGGCCCCUCUGCAGCUGGAGGAGCACUCUGCUGCCAAUCUGUCCGACGACGAAGACGAUGAUAAGUUGGCCGAUCCGGAGGGCGACACUGAGAGCGAGAAGCUGAGCCAGACUGUUGACAAUCCUUCUGACAAGCCCGAUGCACCUCGCUGCCAGCUUCGAUCCGAUCAUAGGAAGGAGAAGUCUCUUGGGCUGCUCACGCAAAAUUUCGUGAAGCUGUUCCUCACCAUGGAGGUUAACACGAUCUCACUAGAUGAAGCUGCAAAGCUCCUCCUCGGAGAAGGCCACGACGAGUCCAAUAUGAGAACUAAAGUCAGGAGGUUGUAUGACAUUGCCAAUGUGCUGUCUUCAUUGAAACUCAUUGAGAAGACACAGGUAGACACAAGGAAGCCUGCAUUCCGGUGGUUGGGCAUGGAUGGGAAACCAAAACCAGAAAAUGGUGUCACAGUUGCUGUAUCCCCGGCAAGGAAGACUCUGCCCAACAAGAGAGCCUUUGGGACUGAACUCACUAACAUUGACAUAAACAGAAGCAAACUGGGUUCAGCAAUCCAGAAGAAAGCAAAGCUGGCGCAGGGUGGCGGAGAUAUCUUGAAUACCUACAAGGUGGCCGUGCAGGGGCAGCUCAGGCAGGCUAACAAGAGUGGUUUUGUCUAUGGACCUUUCCACCCUUCCUGUGCAAGAAAACAGGAGCCUGAUGAUUGUAAGAAUGCUGGACAAAAGAAGGGUGCCCAGGAUUGGGAGAGCCUCGCUGAUUCUUUCCAACCACAGUACCAGAACCAAGAACUUGGUGACCUUUUCGCUCAUUAUGUGGAUGCAUGGAAGUCCUGGUACUCAGAAUUUUCACAGGGUAGCAGCAUCAUGCAGCAACAUCUCGGGAAGCCUGCUAACAACCAAUUUUUGUAGGAAAACCAUAAACUCAAGCACAGCAUUUCUUAGUGCGUGCUUGGGAUUCGGCCUGUACAAUCUGUCCAAAUAGAAGAGGAGAGGAAACAAAUAGAUGACUUAGGCCUAGAGUUCAUUGUAUUUGCUCAAUGCAGGCAAUCUUU